AUGGAAUGUAAAUGUUAUGCACCAGUUACAAGACAUGACGUCAAAAACAUUAUGGGAGAUAAAGUUUUUAAUUCAUACACAAAAUUCCUCAUUGAAACGCAGAUUUCUGAAAAUCCGAAUCUCAAGCAUUGCAUCAAUCCUCGUUGCCAGAAAAUACUUACAACAAAAUCGAUCUGCUUAUGUCUUGCUGCGGAAUGUGAAUGUGGUGCCCGCAUUUGCUGGUGCUGUGGAGAAGAGGCUCAUGAUCCGGUUACAUGCGAAACAAAGGAUAAAUGGCUUUCAAUCACUCAAGAGGACUCAUUAUCCGAACGAUGGGAAAAACAAAAUUCUAAGCGAUGUCCAAAUUGUAAAGCAGCAAUUGAGAAAAAUGGCGGAUGUAACCACAUGACAUGCUACAAAUGCCAUUAUGAGUUCUGCUGGAUAUGUGGUAAAAAAUGGAGCAGUCAUGGCUAUUAUGAUUGUAUUAGUUAUCCUAGUGCGCCAUCUGAUUUCGAGAAGAAUUCUUUAAAUUUCAACAGAGUUACACACUAUUAUGAUAGAUAUAAAAAUCACUUUAAGUCAAAAGCAAAUGAAGAUAAUAAAAGAAGCUUUUGCUGGAUGAGAUUGUACCAAAUGAUUACAACAAACAAAGAAAAUCCUGCCAAUGAAACCGAUGCUUUCGCAAUUCUCAAAAAAUUAUUCAUUCUAAUGAACAAGGCACGUACUGUGCUUGCAUGGUCAUUUGUAUAUGCCUACUACAUGAAGCCUUUCUCGCAUGAACUAGAGCUUUUCGAGUAUGUUCAGGAAAAAGUUGAAAAGUUUGUUAAUGAUCUCUCAGAUAUAAUUGAAAAUAAUCCAGGCAUCAGUUACAGUGAUCUUAACACAGCAAUGGUCAGAGUUGAAAAGAACUUGGUAUCAUUAUUGAAACAUGUCUCAAAAAUUUAA